UUGAUUUGCUUUAUUCUUAUGCAGAUCAUGAGAGACAAGGUUUGUUGGACUGGUCCAGACAUUACAAGAUAAUAGGAGGCAUUGCUAGAGGAAUUCUUUAUCUUCAUGAGGAUUCUUGGCCUGGAAUCAUACAUCGGGAUCUCAAAGCCAGCAAUGUACUGCUAGAUAGUGACAUGAAUCCCAAAAUUUGAGAUUUUGGAAUGGCAAGGAUCUUUGGAGUUGAUCAAAUUCAAGGAAGCACAGAUAGAAUUGUUGGAACCUAUGGCUACAUGUCUCCAGAAUAUGCCAUGCAUGGACAGUUCUCUGUGAAAUCAGAUGUGUAUAGUUUUGGUGUUUUAGUUCUAGAGAUUUUAAGCGGCAAUAAGAACAGUAACUUUCAUCAAACAGAAGGAACUGGAGACCUAAUGAGCUAUGCCUGGAAACUUUGGAAGGAUAGGAGACCGUUGGGGCUUUUGGACCCAAUUCUUGGAGAUUCUUACGCAAGAAAUGAAGCCAUUAGGUGCAUCCAAAUUGGGUUGCUAUGUGUUCAGGAAGAUCCUGCUGAGAGGCCAACAAUGGCAACCAUUGUUCUCAUGCUCAACAGUUACUCAGUCACACUACCUCUACCGAACGAGCCUGCCUUUUUCCUCCAUAGUGGAACAGAGUCAAUAAAGGUGUUGGAAUCUGAUCAAUCGACAAGUAAGCCAAUGCAGUACUCAAUAAAUGAAGUUUCAGUCACUGAAUUGGACCCUCGUUAAAAUUUUGCACUCUACAAGUUAUAUAUAAUCUGUAUUUUUUUUUACAAGUACAAUUGUUGGGGAGGGGAAUUUGAAACCCAGACCUUGAGCUAGGACCGGGACUGGGAUAGAUUGUCUCGGCCAUCUGUUAAUGUAAAACAGAUCUCUAUCUCUUGAUUGGUAGCAGAACCAGAUGUUGCCUGAUGUUUUUGUAAGUGAUUUAUUAUGUUGUGUUUGGAAACUUAAAUUAGGCUGCGUUUGGGAAUGUGCAUUUGAAUUUGAGGCAUGUAUUUUAAAUACAUAUAAUUUAAACAG